AUGGACGAGAUGCAGAGGAACUAUGAAGCGCAGAUGCAGAUUUUACGUGAGGAGAAUGCCAUGCUAAGGCAGAAGGAGGACGGAAUCCCUUCCACACCGACCGUACCGGACCCGAACAGGUUAAGUCGUGUGCAGCAGCACAGGGACGCCGAAUGGGUAGAGAGCCGUCUUCCCCCCACAGGACAUGAGCAGUCACAACCUGCUCGAGUUGAAAGGACACAAGCGUCGAGGGGAAAUGCAUCACACACGGUGGCAGAGAGUUCGGGAGCAAACGACGGGGGCCGCCCGUCACGACAACCGAUCCCUGCAUCGCGGUCUUCCCCCUUUACCUUGUAUAUCUUGGAGACGCCGCUACCGGAGAAGUGGAAAAUGCCGACCUUUGACAAGUAUGACGGCACGACCGACCCAGACAAUCAUAUGCGGGUCUUCAUGCAUCAGAUGAUGUUUCACGCUGUCAGCGAUCCCAUCUGGUGCCGAGUCUUCUCAACUUCGCUGACUGGGGAGGCGCUGGAGUGGUUCUCCGAGCUACCGACCGGUUGUAUCGACUCGUUUGCCACCUUGAAGGCAAGGUUCAGCACACAGUUCGCGCCCCUGAAGCCGGCCAUUCUGACAGUUGACAAUCUGGUGAAUAUCCGACAAGAGGAUGGGGAAUCGCUGAGGAGUUACCUCGACCGGUAUAAUCGGAUGUCGGUCAAGAUAAAGGGUCUCAGCGACGAGAUUGCGCGACAUCACUUCUCUUACGGACUCCAGCCGGGAGUUUUCGCAGACAAGAUAAGCCGUAAGAAGCCGCAGACGAUGGAGGAGAUGAGGGAACGCGCAGCAAAAUUCAUACAGAUGGAGGAUAUGCAGGAGUUUAGGGUGAAGAAGAGGGAGAAGGAGGAUGCUGCGCUCCCGAAGCCGAUCGCUUCUAGACCGAGCAAACCUGCAACUCGACCCACCGAACGAAAGCCACCGAAGUUCACGACCUACACUCCCCUGGCUGUUCCCCGAGCCAGGAUCCUGCAGGAGGCCUUCAGCGUCGAUUCGCUCCCUGCGAUCAGGAAGAAGCCUCCACCACCCGACGCCGACGGGAGUAAGCAUUGCCAGUAUCAUCGAACUAUCGGGCAUACCACCGAGGAGUGCCACACACUCCGCGACAAAAUAGAAGAGCUCAUCCGACAGGGACACUUGAAGAAAUACAUUCGGCAGGAUCGUCCCCAGCGGAGUCCGGCGAGGAACCAAAGCCCGAGGAGAAGGGUCCCCCCAACCCGGUCGGAGAAGAAAAGGGAGCCCGAGCGCGAGGAGCGUAGGAGAGGACCAUCCCGAUCACAUCGCAGUCCGAGAAGGAGUCGCAGUCGUAGCCAGGAGAGACCCCUGAGGGGUUACAUCAAUACCAUCUCUAGGGGGUUCGCCGGAGGAGGGUCAAGCUCUGCUGCGCGAAAAAGGCACGUUCGGGCGUUGAAGUCGAUUCAUCUGGUUGAGAAGAAGAUCCGAUCGAUGCCUCCCAUCACAUUCACGAACGACGACUUCAAGGCGCCCGAUCCUGAUCAUGACGACCCGAUGGUCAUCUCAAUAGAAGUAGCCGAGUAUGGGAUCGAGAAGGUGUUGGUCGAUCAGGAAGCUCUGUCAACAUCUUAUACUAGAAGACUUUCCAGAGGAUGA